GGGAGUGCCGCACUGUCGGAGGUACUGCCGAAAAGCCUGUCAAACAUCUCAUAAGAUGACCAAUCAUUCUCAGGCAACAGGAGCAGACCAAGUGGUUGGAAUGGGCCUGGUAGGGUUCAGCUUGGUGGUUUUCACGUACUACACAAUCUGGGUCAUUGUCUUGCCAUUUGUGGACAGUAGCCAUAUCCUUCACAGUUAUUUCCUGCCGCGUGAGUAUGCUGUGAUCCUGCCUGCAGUUGCUGGUCUUCUCCUGGUUUUAUUAGUAGGAACGUUCAUUGCUGUUGUUAUGUGGAAAAGCAGGAAACCUGCAAAGAAAACGGAUUAGACGGAAUUCAAAGAUAAAAAAACAGAUCAUCCCAAUGUCAGCUCGUCCAGGUCAGAAAACGGAUUAAGCAGAGGAUUUAAAUACAGACAGUGGAUUAACCAACCUUUCUGCUUUGAGAUGCCAUCUUACUGUUGUUUAUUGACUGGCUCCUGUAUUCCAUCAAUGUUGUGUUCCAGUCUGCGAUGGGAUUCAGCUGACACCAGACUUGGGCACAGUGCCCUCUUGUGUCAGUCUGUCUGUAAUUCCAGUGUUCAGUUUGAACAUCAUGCUUAGUCGGACAGAAACGCAUGUAUACACAAAAAAAAUCAGUUUUAUUUGUGUAUUACUCGGAUAAAAUUAGGACUCGUGAAUUAUACCUAUUUAUAGAAUUGCGUAAUUGUUGUACAUUGGAGAGGCUGCCCGAAAUAGCUCCUCUUAUCAAGCAGAGUUGAGCUGCCUGAAAUAGCGUGGAGCUUGAGAAAGCACUGGGGACGAGCUGAGCACAAAAACUACAUUCACCAAUUCCAAAGACCAUGUUUCACAUUUUAUAAUGAUGUGUUAUUGUUUAAAACAUACAGCUAAACUCAGAUGUUGAAGCUUCACUGUGGUUUUGUCUGCAGUACAAUGAAAACACAGCAGCUUCUCCUGUCUUCAGGAAUGCAUUUGGCGAGAAUCCUGUUGCAGUUAUCACACAAUAUAGGUGCUGAAUGAAUGGAAUGUACCAGUACAUUCAUUCAGUAACUGCUGCAUUAAAUGGCAAACUACAAAUUGCACCCUAAACCUCAGAAUGAGAGCGAGUACCUUCAAUUGCUCAUGUACAGAGCUGCAUGCUGCCUGACAAAGUUAUAAUUGUUUUGUGUGCUAUUGGGAGGGUCCUGUUCUCGCAACAUUAUAAAUAUUCUGGUUAUAAAGAAUCUGGGAGGUCAUACAGGCUCCCUUGAGCUUUUGUUUAAAUCCAGCAUCUUGUUUCCCUGGAGGUUUGUUUAAUGCAACAGUGAGCUUUUUUUUGUUUUUUGGAAAAGAAAAAUCACUCUUAGGAAGUGUGUGCAGUUGGCAAAGCCAUCAUUGAUCACAAGUCACUGGUCUUGAAGUGCUGCAAAGCAUGUGCUGUUAGUUUCAGAGUAUUGACUCAGCGAUGGCAAUAGAUCGUCAGUUCAGGAUGGUGCAUUCCUUGGGGCACUUGUAGGUGACAGAACUCCCAUGUUCCUGCUGCCCUUGUCUUUCGAGGCGAUUAAGGUUGCCAUUUGGAAGGUGUUGACAGAGCAGACUUGGCAAGUUGAAUGUGGUUAGUCUGGCCACAGAUGGUAGAGAGACAAGAUGUUUUCAGGUGGAGGAUGGGUUCCAGAUUACAGAGGCAGCCUUGUCCUGAAUUGUGAGUGCCUGCUGUGUUUUACAGUCCAACCUUACUCUACAGUUUCACAAAUCAUCUGUGCGUCACUGCAAAAUGAGAAUUGCAUUAAGUAUGGGAGUAUAUCUGGAUCCUCUGUAUCAUGUCACAAGGUUUUACAAUCAACUUGAAUUUUGGGACGGCCAUGUUAGGAAUAGAUUUGUGUUUUUUAACUGAGGGACACAUUUUGUUUCAUAAAUUGACCUGAAAUGCACAACCAUAAAGGGACAGUAAUAUUAGUGUAGAUGUUGGAAUAUAAGUUGAGUGUGAGAAACCAGAGAAAAAAGUCUUCCAGAAACUGGGGACAGUUUAUACUCAGUUUAAAGGUGAAUAGUCAGUAUGUUUGAUUGCCAUUUUGGACUGGGUGUGACAUAAGCUCCUAGCAAUCAUUGCAACGUGGUUCCCAACACUUGCUGAGUCCCAUGUGCCUGGUUCUAAAGCACUGGUAAGUAAAACAUGCAAUUGUGGGGUGAAAAGUUGUGGCUGAAAAUUAGGUGAAAGGGUCAGCUUGUACUGAGUACAUGAUCCUUGGGGCAAGAAAAAUGGGGUUGACAUAUAUAUAUAUUGUAUCCCCAUGAUUUAAAGUACUCUAUAUAUUUAUGUUUAACAGUGAGCAGGAGAAACCCUGCUGUUGCAAAACAUGUAAAGCAGGAUAUACCAUGAAAUGGCUUGUAGAGAGAUUUGAGAGUAAAAGGCCUAUUAGCAACAAGCAAUAAAAUCACUUCAGUGAGGGAGGAGGAUGUUCUUAGUUAGAAAAUAAGAAUUUCCCCAAGUGUGAAUCACUCUGACGAGUCGCUGAAGUUGGAUUUAACUGGAAAAUAAAAACUGAAAGAACUGUGGAUGCUGUAAAUCAGAAACAAAAAUAGAUGUUGCUGGAGGAGGAGUUUGGAAGGGGGACAGAAUAGGACUGGAACAAAGAAUGUUCCACAUAUCCCACAAAGAGACAGGCAUAACUGGGGACCCAGUUUUUUUCUCCGAUAUAUCGAUGAUAUCAUCUGUGCUGCUUCUAUCUCUCGUCUGGAACUGGAAAAGUUCAUUGAUUUUGCUUCCAAUUUCCACCCGCUCUCACUUUAGCCUGACUCCUCCCUUCCCUUCCUCACCAUCUCUGUUUCAUAUCUGGAGAUAGACUAGCCACUAAUAUUCACUAUUAUAAACCCAAUGACACCCACAGCUACCUGAGCUAUCCAUCCUCACGCCCUGUUUCCUGCAAAUACUCGAUUUCAUUCCCCCAGUUCCUCCAUCUCCACGUGUGUUCCGAUGAGAUCAACCUCAACAAGGAGCCUCUGAAAUAUUCACUUUCCUCAACCGAGGAUUCCCCAGCACUGUUGUUGACAGGGCCCUUAACCGGGUCUGACCCAUCUCCCGCACUUCUGCCCUCACCCCCUCUCUUUCUUCUAGCAACAGCAAUAUGAUUGUUUUUGUGCUUAACUACCAUCCCAUCAGCAUCCACAUCCAGAGGAUCGUUAGCCAC